AAGUUUGGGAAGUGAAUUUCUUUCUUCUUUUUUUUUUUUACCAGUCCAGAAAGCGCCGUUCCCCGUCAAUAUUUCUAAUAGUCCUCAAACAAUUUGACCAACAACAAAAAAAAAAACAAGAAAGAAAGAAAGAAAUCAUCAACAUGACGUCUAACUCCAACGUGUCCAACAUGCGUCGACUUGUCGAACAAUUGAAACUCGAAGCCAGUUUGGAACGGAUUAAGGUGUCUCAGGCAGCGGCCGAGCUCCAGCAGUACUGCCAUCAGAAUGCAGCGAAAGAUGCUCUGCUUGUCGGGGUUCCGACGGGCUCUAACCCCUUCAGAGAACCACGAUCCUGUAACCUGUUCUAAGGACAGGACACAAAAACGCCGGAAUCAUGCAGAGGGAAACUUAUGUUGGAAUCCAAAAACGAU